UCUUAUUUUCUAACGGGACAAUCAGUGAUCAACGAAGAAGAAGAAGAAGAAGAAGAAAGAGAGAGAGAGAGAGAAAGGAGGGAAAAUGGAAGAAUCAACGAAGAAAGGGACUGUCACCUCACUCGCCUCCCUCUUCCCAGUAGAGGAGGCGCAGAAGGCGUCCAAGCGCGUGGAAGACGCCAUUGCCGACGCACAAAACGAGCUUCACCGCGUACGAGGUUUCGUCACCGACAACAACAACCUCGUCAACCUCGUCCACAAGCUCCCCGAACAACUCUCCCACCACAUCAUGGUUCCGUUUGGGAAAGCAGCGUUCUUCCCCGGUCGUUUGAUUCACACCAACGAGUUCCUGGUUCUUUUGGGAGAAGGGUACUAUGCAGAGAGGACGUCGAAGCAAACCGUUGAGAUUUUGCAACGAAGAGGGAAGUCCUUGGAUUCGCAGGUUAAUUCUCUCGAAGCCAAUAUCAAGGACCUUCAAGCAGAGCUAUCGUUUUUCAAUGCCACGGCUUCUCAAGUUGCGGAGGGUCUUGUGGAGAUAACAGAAGAUUAUAAGGAGGAAGACUCUAACGAAGGGGAAUCUAAACCAGGUCCACUGCAGCAAGAUGCUCCUAAUUUGGGAAAUGCUACAGAUAAUGAUGAGGAUUAUGCUCGUAUGAUGGCAAUAAUGGAUGAACUUGAGAAAGAAGAGCUUGCUGCAGAAAGUGGCAAUCACAGUGAUCAAAAUGAUGAAAGUACUGCUGAUUUUGAUGAGAUAUCAUACAGAGGGCAUAUUGAUAACAAUCUCCAAAGUUCAAAAGAUUUUCAGCAAAGUGCGCUACUGGACCAGACUAAUGAUGAAGUUAUAGCAACUGAGUUUCCUAAAAAACACAUUCAUAGAGAUGUAACUGAUCAGUUGAAUUUUAGUAACCUGGCAGUGCAAUCUAGGGUCAGAGAGGGGGAAAGUUUUGCAGAGUUUGUAGAAUCCACUGAUCCUACUGAAAAGAUUCCUGUUCUUUCUAAAGAAAAGGCUGUUCGAGCUACUACUGCAUCAAAAACUGAGGUUCGACACCAAACUCCACAACCAUCAUUUGACAGUCGCAAGGCUUUUACAGGCUCUAUUAUAGAGCAUACUGAUAAUUUACAAAAAGCUUCAAGAAACCAAAGUUCAGCUUCAUCACAGGGUUCCAGUUCUCAAUCUUCAAAACCAGUCUCCAGAUUCAAAAUCCAGAGAAGAUAGUUACAAGAUGAGAAGGUUGGAAUCUUUUUGUAUUUGGUGAUCUAAUGGUGUAGCAUCCAUGAUUCUAGGAUGUGCUGGUUGAGAUCGGAAGUGGAAAGAGUAAAAGUAGGAUAAACCGUUAUGAGUAACGAAAAAUUUAGGACAUGUUUGAUUCUCCUCAUUUUUUUUAAUUUAUUUUUGUUUUAAAAAUUGUUUUCAAAACAAUUUCACACUACUCACUAAUCAAAUUUUCAUCCAGUUUUCUUUUAAAUUAUUUCCAAAACAAGCAUUUUAAAAAAUAAGAAAAAAAUAGUAAAGAGGCUUUUUCAUCCUUUUUCUUCAAGUGCUUUGUUUAAGUGCUUAGGGGACAAACUUUUAGGAAACAGAAAUGUGCUCAGGUUAUAAACACUUCAAAAUGUACUUGAGGGAUAAACAAAUGUUAGCAAACAGAUAACUGUUUUUUGAAUUAACGUCCUUUCCUGGUAGAAGAAAGAAAUGGAAGAAAUGAAAAUAGAAUUUAACAUUCUUUAAACAAAGACUGUGUAAUGUUUCAAGCGGCUUUGCUAUGUUUUAUAGAAUUGUAAUUGAAAGUCUAUUUGUAAUGUAUAAUUUUUGAAGCGUGAACUGUAUAGAUAACAUUUUGAAACAUAAGUUGGUAUCAACAUUGUCGCAUUACUGUUUUUA